AUGUAAUCUUUAUAUUGGUAUAUCAAACUGUCGUUUGAAUGUCGCGAAAGUUGUGGCAGAAGAAAACCAUUGUGUUAUUAUUUAUUUGUUUAUUUAGAGAAUAACAUGAAAUAUUUCUUCCUCUCUGUUGUUUUGGUAGUCCCUUCAGUGUGUGCAACAUGGGGAGAUCGAGCGAGAUACGAUAACUUCACAGAAUACUUUCCAAACUUGAUACAGGAAACAGUUUACGAAUUAGAAAGGCGAGAAUGGAGCAACCUAAGGAUUGAUGAUAUACCAGUAAAUAUUUCAGAAAGGAUUUACGAUCAAAACUUCGAGGGCACUGUUAACUUCAACAACGGCUUCCUGGUUUCAAUUCAAAACAUAGAUUUGAUUGAUGCAACUCAAACCUUCUUUACUGCGUCCACAAGUAGGAUCACUACUGGGAGUAUGACGGGAAACCUCCGAUUUAGUGAUGUCGUCGUGGGCUUCGAUGUGAUAGCACACCUUGAGGAUCAGGGAACGCAACGAUUCACAGCCACUUUCUUGUAUCAUACAAUAAACUACAAUAUCAGGGUUGCAAAAAACUUGCAUACGGAUGAAAUAACUGUGACCAUAGAUCAAAAUAACCUUUCAGGAACAGGCAAUUUUCUUAUAUUUAUGCCUGAUAAUGAUAUUGCGGAUGUACUAACUAGAUACUAUACAAUGUGGAGUGUGGACACCAGCGUUACUAGGUGGGGUACGACAAUCAUUCGGCCUAUUAUAGAAGAACUCAUUCCGAAAUUAGGUUUUCCCAACGUCUGUUUCAAUUGUUGAAAAAAUGUUAAAUUUUAUUUUCAUAAUACCAAUCAUACAUACACUGCAAAUCAAAUGCAUCUUCUCCAGGCCAAGGACUAAAAGAAUACGAAAUGUCACUUGGCACUGACGUUUGUAGUGAUGUAACCAAUUAUUUCUGUUCACUCAGUCGACUCAUAUUUUUAUGAAAAAUAUUAUAUUAGAUAUUUUUUAAGCGAUUAUGCAAAUAAAAAGUAAAUGAAAUAUGAAGGUUCUAAA